AUGAACUUCAUCCUCCUCAUCGUCUCCAUGGCCACUCUGGCUCUUGCCAGCCCACCAGACUGGUACUACGGCAAAUGCAACGUCGAGAAGCAGACCUGCGAGUGGGGCGACAUUGGCGUGACUCAGUGGGACUGCGAUCCUAAUGCUCUGUGCUCCGAUGAUUGCAACAAGUGCACCAUCCACCGUGGAAAGGGGAACUCGAACUUGGCCAACUGCCAGUGGCCUAAGUGCUGA